GCAAAAGUCAUUUCGGCACUUUCGUCGUAAAAUUUUUGAACAAAAUUCAUGGAAUUUGUGUGAAACAAAAAUCAGAUCUGUUCAAAAUGGAAGCGGACAACUCAGGUUCAGAACUCUUCGAAAAAGUGAACGAAACGCUUGAAAUAAACGAAUCAAAGGCGGACUUCAACCAAGAACCGGAAGACGACGAUUUUCUUCCACCGGAACCCAAACCCCCUAAAAAGCACCCCUUACAAUGCGAAGUCUGCGACAAAAUUCUCACGACCAAGCAGUCCCUCAAACUCCACGCGCUCACUCACGUAGAUCCGGCCAACCGGAAGACCUUCCGGUGCGAGAUCUGCGAGACCACGUUCAAGUCCCAGCCCGGCCUAAAUUACCACCUGGAAACGAAGCACAACCCGGACUUUGAGCGCAAAAAGUUGCCCUGUCCGACGUGCGGGCGGAAUUUCAAAAGCAGUGAAGGUCGGAAGAUCCACAUGACCAUUCAGCAUGGGGCCGGCGGACCAAUCUUCAAGUGCAAGGAAUGUCCGAUGGUAUUCGCGCGGAGGCCCCACCUCGACCUUCACAUGGCAACUCAUGGCGCGGGCCAGCACGUUUGCACGAUCUGCGGGAAGUCGUACGCCAGGCUGAAGGACCUGUCCCUGCACGAGGCCACCUGCGGCGUGAAGGAUCUGUGCUGCGCUGUCUGUGGCAAGCAGUUCCGGAAGGAAAAAGCCCUCGAAAAUCACCGGAAAAAGUGUCGUCAAGAAUGUCGGAACUUUCGCUGUUUGACCUGCGGCCAGGGAUUCGCCACGGAGCAAGCGUUAAAGACGCACGAGGCGGUCCACCGGAGGACGUUCCGAUGUUCGGAAUGCUCGCAGACUUUCGUCACCGUGCUGGCCCUUCGGAACCACGAGCAGACCAAGCAUUGGGAGCCGAAUGGGUUUGAGGCUGGUGUCGGUGAGAAGCGGGGUCGUCCGAGGAAGAGCGGCUCCGGCGGUGGGGACGGCAAGGUUCGCAUGAGACGCAGCAAAUAUGACCUGUUUAUUGGACUGGAACAUUUGGCCGAUCCAUCGACGCUGAUCGAGGAAGAGAAACCGGUUAAGGAUGAACUGAAGCCGGCCGAUCUCGAUCCAAAGAGGUUUCCGUGCGAGCAUUGUCCGCUGAAGUUUGCUACCUCGCAAGCAUUGCAGAAUCACGCGCAGAGACGUCACUGGGAGGUUUUGGGUCUUGCGGCACCAGCUCCCGAGAAACGAGGACGCAAGAGGACGCGUCCGUUGGUGCGAGUUUCGAAGAAGCGUCCGUUGGAGCCAGUUUCGAGGAAGAGAGUUCGCAGACCGCGCAAGUUGGUCAACUAUGUUGAGCUUAUGGAUUUGCCGGAAAUGGUUGAAUGUGACGCUGUGAAGGAGGAAGAUGGUCCGAUGAAGUCCGAAUUAGUAGAGAACGUUGUCAUUCCUGCAAACGUUGCUUACGCUGAGGAGAAAAGUGCGCCGAUCGAACAAGUUGAAGAAUCCGAUAUUUUUGCAACGAACGAAGUUAUCAUCAAGGAGGAGAUCGUUGGGUUUGAGGACUACGAAUUUGAUUACUUUGAAAAUGACUCGGCCGGCGGCGACGAACCCGUUGAUGAGCUCACGUUUGAGAACAUUGUUGCGGACCUUGAACUGGCUUGCGAGCCAACGAACGAUGAAGUUGACACUCUCGCCGUAGAACCAGAGCUGGAGAACAACGUGUCGGAGCAACCACACAUUUUCAAAGAACUCGUCAUCAGAUUGGAGAAGCUGGAUUAUUCCGCCCUCGUGGAGUCCAGUAACGGCAAGAAACAUUUCAAUCGGAAGGAAUGCGAACAUUGUGGAAAAGCGUUUGUACGUCAAUACGAUUUAGCGAAGCACCGGGUCAGGGAACACGGAAGUACGGAAACGCCAACGAGAACCAAACCACCACCGAAGAUGACACUGCCACCAAGCUACCGCUGCGAGGAAUGCGAGAAAUCGUACCAGUUUGAGCAUUACCUUAAGGCGCACAAUGAAAAAGUGCACGGCAUCACGGAAGAACCUGGUGACGGUGCUAAUAUUCGAACUUGUAAGCAUUGCGGACAGAAGUUGAAAUCCUGGCCAAGUCUGGUGAAACAUUUGAAGUUUUUCCACGCAGAAAGUGUCGACGAAUCGCAGUUUGUUAAAUGUCCGUCGUGUCCUGCAAAGUUUCUUAAUCAGGAAGACUUGGACGGGCACGUCUGCACCAAGAGAGACGUUUGCGAAAGGGAACCAAGGGAGCGUUCCUUCAAGUGUGAUCUGUGCCGUAAAACGUACUCUUUCCUCCUUCAUUUGGAAGCGCACUAUUCCGUGCAUCCAGAAUACCAGAACUUCAAAUGUGACCACUGUUCGAACGGAUUCUACAACGAAAGGGAGCUCAACAAGCACAAGAAGAACGCGCACGAACCGAAACCUGCGGUGACGAAGAUUCGCCCCUUCAAAUCCAAGUACAAAAAUCCAUUUCCUAGGACGGAAUGCGAACAAUGUGGACAAACGUUUGCCUACCGAUAUCGGCUAGCCCUGCACCGGGUCAAGGAACACGGAAGUACGGAAAUACCAGUGGCAAACAGACCAGCAGCAAGUGCGACACUUCCACGAAACUUCCCUUGUGACCAGUGCGAUAAAUCAUACCAUCUUCAGACUAAUCUCACGAUUCACAAAGCCAAGGUUCAUGGCGAUGGAGAAGCCCCACCAAAGUAUCAUCCAACCAAAAUCUUGAAGCACACCUGCAAGCACUGUAAGAAACAAUUUACAGCCUGGGGCGCUCUGAUCUACCAUCGAAAGUACAUCCACGGAGAAAGCAUCGAAAAGACGCAAUUUGUGCAAUGUCCGUCGUGUCGUUUGAAAUUCGCAACCGACGAGGAAAUGGCGGAGCAUCUUUGCCUCAAGGGAGUCAUUCGCCCUAGGGAACGUCCCUUCAAGUGCAACCUGUGCGAUAAAUCUUAUUUCGCGAAACCUCAUCUGGAGGGCCACUAUUCCGUUCAUUCGGAGUACCACAACUUCAAGUGUGAUCAAUGCUCGAAGGGUUUCUUUGCCGAAUCCGAGCUCGUAAGCCACAAGAAGAAAGCACACAUUGCAAAAGAGCUGUACUACGCGUGCGAGACCUGCAAUCAGCUGUUCAAAAGCCAACAAAACUUGAAGCGACACCGGGAGCUUCACAUGGGCCGCGAGUACUGCUGCGAGCAUUGUGGCAAAAAGUUCAAAAUGCGAACAAACCUCAAAUCGCACGUGUUCCACGUGCACGCCGAGUACGCUAGCGAGGCCGCCCGAGCCGCUCAAGCGAUCCCAUGCACAGUCUGCGGUAAAACGCUGAGAGGAACAAGCGCGUUUAAGCAGCACAUGCGAACUCACAACAACGAUCGACGGUACAAAUGUUCCUUUCCGUCCUGUGGCAAAACCUUCAUCGCGAGUGGCAGUUUGAAAGUGCACGUGCAAAGUCACACGAAGGACUACAAGUACAAGUGCAAGUUCUGCGAGUACGGGACCGUUUUCCGGAAAAGAAUUGUGCUGCACGAGCAGCGGGAGCACAACCAUAACCGGUUCGCGGGAGUGAACGAUUCGCAAUAGGUUGGGAAAUGAUUAAUAAACGUGUAUUCU